AUGUCCGAACGCGUGCGCACCACCCUCGGGGGCGCCGGAAACACCUUGAAACCCUCCAAUACAUCGAUCAAGCACGACAAGGAGUGCCUCAACCCCAGCAAAAAGCGCAAGCGCGACCGCGACGAAAAACCAUCCACAAACGGCCCAAGACCCUCCCAAGACUCGAAGAAACCCGCAAAGCACGAGCACACCGCCUCUCCCCACAACCACAAGAAACAUGUUCGCGAAGGCCCGCACGGCAGCAGCAGCGGCGACAAGCGCUCAUCCGGGCCGCUGGCGAAGAAGCGCGACCAGCUGCUCCCCGUGCGCAAGUCCCUCCCCAUCUGGGCGCACCAAGACGAAAUCCGGGCGUCGCUGCGCGACGCCAGGGACGUGUUGAUCCUGGUCGGCGAGACGGGCUCGGGCAAGUCGACGCAGGUGCCGCAGUUCCUGCUCGCCGAGCCCUGGCUCGGCGACAAGGCCAUGAUCGCCAUCACCCAGCCGCGCCGGGUCGCCGCCAUCUCGCUGGCGCGCCGCGUCGCCGACGAGAUGGGCACGCCGCUGGGCGCGUCGUCGCCCGCGAGCAGGGUCGGGUACAGCGUGCGUUUUGACGUGUCGACGUCGCCGAGUACGCGGGUCAAGUUCUUGACCGAGGGUAUGCUGUUGCAGGAGCUGCUUCGCGACCCGUGGUUGAAGGCUUAUGGAUCCGUUGUUGUGGAUGAAGUCCACGAGCGGAGCGUCAACGUGGAUCUGGUGCUGGGCUUUCUGAGGAGGAUCGUCUGCGGGGACUGGAACAAACAUAGGAACGGACGGAGGCUGAAGGUCGUCGUUAUGAGUGCCACGGCUGAUACCCAAAGACUGCUUAGAUUCUUUGACGAAGGAUUUAACGAGGCAGAAGGGAAGACCACCGUGACAUUACCGGACAGGACCAUCGAGGCCAAUGGCACGACGGCUCCCAAGCCGUCGAAAGAUGGGAAGAAGAAGGAUAAACAGGGCGCACUACCGCAAAGGUCUGCUGAAGCAACUGUUAAUGGCACCAAAGGUUCCGAGGCAGUAACCAAGCACCAUGACUCGAUAUCGGCAUGCUACAUCGAAGGACGCAUGUUCCCGGUCAAGGUCAACUACCUGCCAAGCCCCACCCAGGACUUCGUCGAGGCUGCGCUCAAGACUAUAUUCCAGGUGCACCACAAGGAGCCACUCCCAGGAGACAUUUUGGUGUUUUUGACGGGCCAAGACACUGUUGAAGCUCUUGAGAAGUUGGUCAACGAAUACGCAGCCGGUUUAGGGCCUGAGCUGCCCAAGAUCCUUACUCUCCCUCUUUUUGCAGCACUCCCUCAAAAUCUCCAGCAACGCGUCUUUCAGCCGGCUCCCCGGGGAACACGGAAAGUCAUUCUGAGCACCAACAUUGCUGAGACUUCAGUCACCGUCCCUGGCGUACGUCACGUCAUUGAUUGUGGAAAGUCCAAGAUCAAGCAAUUCAGACCGCAACUCAACCUCGACUCUCUCCUCGUCAAACCAAUCUCGCAGUCCGCAUCCAUCCAACGCAAGGGCCGUGCCGGCCGUGAGGCUGCAGGCAACUGCUACCGCCUCUACACCGAAAAAGACUACCUCACUCUCCAAAAGGACACCACGCCCGAAAUCCUCCGCUGCGACCUGAGCGCAGCCCUGCUCACAAUGAAAGCCCGCGGCGUCGACGACGUCCUCAACUUCCCCUUCCUCGACCCCCCGCCCCGCGAAGCUCUCGAAAAGGCCCUCCUCCUCCUCUUCCAGCUCGGCGCCCUCACCGACACGGGCGACAUCAGCCCCGUCGGCCAGCAAAUCGCCCAGCUCCCGCUCCCGCCCACGCUGGGCCGCUGCAUCGUCGAGGCCGCGUCCGAGGCGCGCGGCCGCGUCGUCGCGCACGCCAUCGACGUCGUCGCCGCGCUCAGCGUCGAGACGGUGUUCCUCGCCGUCGCGACCGAGGAGCGGCGCGAGCAGGCGGAGCUCGCGCGCCGCGAGCUCGUCCGCCGCGAGGGCGACCACCUCACGCUGCUCGCGGCGGUGCGCGCGUUCGCCGCCGAACGCGCCGACCGCAGGGCCUGGUGCGACCGCCGCUUCGUCUCGCACCGCGCCAUGCAGAACGUCAUGGACGUCCGCAAACAGCUGCGCGCGCUGUGCGCCCGGCUCGGCCUGUUCGAUCCCGCGGCCCACGCCGUCGCCGAGGCGGCUGGGGGGGAGGCUGUCACAGAGGCGGUGGCGACGGACGUGUUGUUGUCGCUGUUGAGGGGCUUUGCGCCCAACACGGCGCGGUUGAUGCCCGAUGGCAGUUAUCGCACCAUGGUCGGCAACCAGACGGUGCAGAUUCAUCCGAGCAGCGUGCUGUUCGGGAAGAAGGUCGAGGCGAUUGUGUUUUCCGAGUUUGUGUUUACGAAUCGGAGCUAUGCGCGCGGUGUGAGCGCCGUGAGGCUGGAUUGGGUCGUGGAGGGAUUGAGUGGCGGGCGGGCGGCGUAG